AAGUUAAAUGUCUUGAAUAAUGAGAUGAAUCUUCAACAUGUUUUUGGACUAGCUGCCAGAAAAAGUUAUGACAGGUAGUAAGAGGCCUGCAAGUUAUAUGAAAACGAGUACUUUGGGGCAUCAAGGGGACAGGGAUGGUCAGGCUAUAUAGCAUUAGGGUGUGCCCAAUUUUAAGAAUUGAUUGUGGCAUAUGCUAGGGAGGUUAUGGUUUGAAAGUCAACAGAGAGAAAGACUCUAGGCAGGAAGAUCUAGGAGUAGGAGAUAAAUAGCUGAGAAGCUACUAGGUGAAGCCUUCCUUCUGUGACCCAGGAAGGUUACAUCCCUCUUCCCUUGCUUAGACAUCAUACUGGCACUUGGGUAACUCAUGUGUCUGAAGGGGUCACAAGCUGUAUUGGUUCUCGAUACACGGUAUUUUCCUGGCACAUCUUGGGGUAAUUUUCUUUGACUCUUGCUGGGCCUUUUGACUGAGAUUUGUCAUUGUCAAAAAGUAACCUUUCCAUAGUACAUACCAGCCACUUACAUUGGCACAUCCUUGUUUUGUUGGUAGAUUCGUCCAACUUUAGAUUUUAAGGGCUGGUGAUUUCUGAUUUCUUGCAUUAGUAUAACCUCAGUUUCCCUUUUCUCACCUCUCAUCCACACUGGAUGACUUUUGGGACAUGGUGAUUGGUGUUUGAUGGGUUUUACUUCAUCCUAGGAUCACAGUAAUAUCAGUGAUAUCUAUAUCUUUAAACUUUUUCAAAGUUUGCAGAGCACUUGAUUUUUACCCACCUUUUAUAAAUAAGGAAAAUGAGGAAUAGAAGGUUAAGUAAAUUACUCAGGUCCACAAAGCUAAUAGGUGUCAGAGGCGGGAUUCAAAACCAGGUCCUCCUGACUCCAACUCCAGCACUCUGCUCACCCUCUCCUGGCCUCACAUGUGGCAGUUAUUUUCUUAUUUACAGGUGCAGCAGGGUGUGUAGCAACAUUACUCCAUGACGCGGCCAUGAAUCCAGCAGAAGUGGUCAAACAGAGGAUGCAGAUGUACAACUCACCGUACCAUCGGGUGACAGACUGUGUUCGAGCAGUGUGGCAGAACGAAGGGGCUGGAGCCUUUUACCGCAGCUAUACCACCCAGUUAACUAUGAACAUCCCUUUCCAAGCCAUUCACUUCAUGACCUACGAAUUCCUGCAAGAGCACUUUAACCCCCAUAGACAGUACGACCCUAGCUCACAUGUCAUCUCUGGGGCCUGUGCAGGAGCUGUCGCUGCUGCCCUCACUACCCCUUUGGACGUUUGCAAGACGCUGCUCAACACCCAGGAAUCCUUGGCUUUGAACUCAAAUAUUAGUGGACAUAUCACAGGCAUGGCUAGUGCCUUCAGGACGGUGUACCAAGUAGGCGGGGUGACCGCCUACUUCCGAGGGGUACAGGCCAGAGUCAUUUACCAGAUCCCCUCCACAGCCAUCGCGUGGUCUGUGUACGAGUUCUUCAAAUACUUAAUCACUAAACACCAGGAAGAGCGAAGGGCUGGGAAAUGAGGUGGCAUCGGAGCUGGGGCUCGGUGCUGCCCUGUUCCUGUUCCUCUGUUACCCCCUCCCUGGCUGGCUUCAGUCUUUCCAGUUCAUGGAGGUGGAAAAGGCUUUUCUGAGGCUGCAGGUGUCGUCGCCAACGCCACUUCUUGCCAUUACCUGUUGUAGCUCUCCUGCUCUUCCUUACCCAGUGGAGCUUCCCCCAAGGAAGGGCAGUGUCGCACUUAGCAGCACAAUAUCCACAACUUCUCAUCAUCCUUGGCCAGGUGUCCUGCUCCAGAUUAUCAGAGCAAGAAGUCAAGCUCCUUCUCCUGGUUCCGAAUAAAGAGGCUUCUUUAAAUUAAA